AAAGCAAGUUAAAUUUAAAAACUUCCAAAUUUUAGGCUGAAAACUGUGUUUUAUAGACGUAGUGUAAAAAAAGUGUACGAGAAAAAAAAAUUGGCGCAGUCAGUAAGAUUCGUUGAAUUGUUUUCGUCAUGUAUACCACAUUGCCGAGAGCGAAUAAUUGAUGCCUUUUUGCCUAGUUAAACAAACAAAUCUUUUUGCUUCAACUGAAUGAGGAAUAAAGUGCUCCAUUAUCCAUGUCGUGAACGAUAACCGAUUACCUGGAUGGCUUCUGGUCAAAAUGCAAGUGAUUAUUUUGCACGAGCUGUGGGUUAUUGAUUAUGCUAAGUCAAGGUCUGUUCCUUCCAGGAAAAGAAAAUUACAGAUUAGGCUCGUGUUAUUUUCAGAUGCUUAACAUUUUUUCCUUUUUGGAGAAUUAGAAAUAAAAUACACAGAAACUAAAAUAUGUCAACUUAAUUUAUGACUGGAAAAAGAAUGAUAUAUUUUUUAUUCAAAAACCGUUGGAAAGCCAUAUACUUUUUUUUGAAAAAUUUUGUUUGUUUAUGUACCUACCUGGAAUUCCUGGAGUUUCGCUUUAAGCUCGAAAGGGAUUUACGAAAUUGGUAUAUAAAUAUAAUAAUAAAUCUUCACUACAAGGACCGUAGGAAAGCCAUAAUUCACAGUGCAGGCAAAUAUUUGCUAUUAGGAUAUUAGGUAUACUACUGUUUUCUUUGAAGAAUUCAGUUUCCUGAUAUACCUACCUGGAAUUCCUGGAAAUUUGCUUUUACCUCCAAAGAGAUUAACAAGUUAGGUGCCUGGUAACAGUGCCGGCUUUAAAAUGAUGAGGAAAAAAAUUUUUUUUGAUUAAAAUUCGUUUUGUAAAUGAGAAACUAAUUCUGUUAAUAUUAUCAAAAAAUUGAAAAAUUACAUAAUUAGUUCGAAAUUAUUAUUUAUUUUGUUUUUCGAAAGUUGUUAGCAAGUUUUUCAGCCAAAACUCACUUAGCUAACUAUCGCUAAAGCAAGCCACAUCAUCACAAAGAAUUUUGUAUGAGAUUUAUCUUGUUUUUGAGUUAAAAAACUCAAGAAAAAACGGUGGAAAUUAGUACAUUGAAAAUUCGUUAUCUUGUGGUAUACAGGUGCUCAAAAACUGGCGCACCAACUCAGUGAUACGUUAUUGAGAAGCAAGUGCAGAUUACGGGAAAAAUGAUGAAAAAAUUCCUAAAGUCAUAUUUUAAAAAAUCUGGAGCUACAAACUUAUUGUGUUAACUUCUUUAGUUUUCAUUAUUUCUUUAUGUUUUCAUGUUUCAUACCAGGUAAUCGUCCCGUAACAAAACGAUGAAUAAUUAUUUUUAAAUUUCCGAUCAGACUUCAGCAGUUUUUUUAAUUUAAAAAAAUUAAAAUUUAUCUAAAAAAUCACAAUGUGUAGAUGUGCCAACACUGGGAAUUAUUUCCUAGGAAACCGUUUCAAAAAUAAUUUAUUUUUAUUGUUGAUCAAAUUCUAUUGCGAUCACGACUAUUAGACAACGUUGCCACAUAUCAUUUACCUAAAAUUAGUUAUUUAUCAAUAACUUUAAUACAAAGAAUUUUUUUACUAUUUUUACCAUUAUAUCUAACCACUUCUCUACCACACACCAUUGAGUUGGUGCGUCAGUUUUUGAGCACGCUGUAUGUAGAGCUCGCUUUAUGAGUGAAAAAAUUACUUUUUAGUUUUAAUAAAAAUUUUAUUGUAGUUUUUGAGAAAAGAUGUUUCACAUUCUCUUCAAUUUUUUUGUAAAACAUAGCAGUUUUAGUACUUGUUGCUUUAUGCCUAUACAACAUGGUUUCACAAACUUGGAAAAACUUCAGAAAACGUCUAAAGUUUAAAGUUUCGAUCGCUGUCGAAUUUUCAGUAUUGGAUCAAAAUUUUUUUCUAUUACUUUUUUUUAUUUUUAUACGCAGAUUCUAUCAUUUUAAUCACUUUAACACAUUUAAAUUGAUAGCUUAAAUCCAAAAUCGUUCUGAUUUUGUAACCGCUAGUUUUUAAGAAAUCUCCAAAUUUCAAAUUUAGGUAUAGGCUAAUUAAGUUAUGAUUCUAUCUAUCAAAACAUUAAACCCCUCUGAAACCUAAACUAUAAUUCUGAUUGACUUUGGAUUUGCAGCAAUCGCUAGAAAAUUUUUCACACAUUUCAUUUGAAAUUGAAAUUUGGUUGAUUUCGUACCUUUGGAGUGCCAUCCAGUUGACAUUAUUUUAUGUAACUUUAAAUCUGUCAAUGUUUUGUAUCCAGAAUUUGCAAUUUUUGAGUAAUAGACAAAAUCUUUUUGCAAGCAUCUGUAGGCCACACUAAUAUUCGACCGCUUGUUUUUAAUAUCCGACACAAAAUUAUCCAAGAAUUUUACCACUGUUUUUAAUUCUAUUGAAAGGUUUAUAAUUUUCACAAAAAGUGCGAUUACUUUUUAUUGACUCGAAAAAUAUGCUAGAGUUUGAAAAGUUUAAAAAAAUUAAUGUUUAUAUAAAUAUUUCUGGAAAAUAAACUAGGUGUACCUAACUUUAAUCAACAGCUUUUCAGCAGACUGCAUUUAUCGUAGGUUUUCUAGUUUUCAAGAAAAAUGGCUUUGAAUCUGCUUGCUGAUUUUUUCGAUUUUUUUUGUUUUUUUUAAAUCAGUCAUUGUUUCUUAUCUCUAGAACCCACAAAUUAAAUUAGACCAAAAAUUUUAUUAUUUUAAAUCUAUUCUCUCACUCCAUUAAUUUGUAAGACGUAAAAUAUGCAGUAAAGUUCACAAAUGACGUAAACGUGGUUAUUGUUUUUCUACAUUCAGCUCGUUUGUUAAGUGAGAAUUUUUUUUUGUACAAAAUUUAUUAAUAAAUUGGUUCAAAAUUAUUAUUAAUUUAUUACUUACUUGCAAUUAUCUAAGCACAUUUUUAAGUUAAAAAUUUACGUUUUUACAAAAUUUUGGAUUUUGCAUAUUUUUAAUUUAGUUUUUAAACGUGAUACUCGGAUAUUCGUUUAUUUUGUAUUUUGUAAAAAAUAUAAAAAAGUCUGAUCAAAAAAAAGAAAAGACUUUUAUAUUAUUUUGACACUUUUGCAGUCUUUGUGUAAAAAAUUUGCUUAUUAUUUAUAGGUAUUUUGCAUAUUUUAACAAAACUUGAGACAAGAACGAAUAAUGAUCGAAUUAUACAACAAAAUUGAUUUUCUGUUGGCUUGUCAUUGGAGUGAUAACAAUUAUAGCUUGUUUUGUGAGCGACAAACUCACUUUUUUACGUCAUUUUGAGAAAAAAAUUAGUUACUAUCAAACUUUUUCUCUAAUAACAUGACAAAAAAAGCAAUAAAGCUCACAACUGUCGUCUCAAAAUAGGUUUGAUUGUUUUAUAAGUAAGAAAAUUGUUUUGCGAAACAAUGGCAAUUAUAUGUUUAGAAAUUUUUUUAUGGAAAAACCAAGGGAAAAACGUACUUUAAUUAUGAAAUUUUACUCAAACAUACCAAAAGAUUUCUAAUAAAUUAGAACAUUUUACGAUGCUUUAUUGCAAGUAAAGACUUAUUUUUACAAUUUCACUACAGCUAGCCAAAUGGAGAUUUAUCUUGCUUUUGAAUAAAAUACCUACUUAUUCUAUAAGAUUUUGUAAAAAAUAGGCAAAUUCGAUCGAAAUUAUCGUGUUUAUUAGAGUAAUAAAAGUAACUCGUAAAACGGUUGACAACAUUGACGGUUUAUUUAAAAUAAUGUUUUUGUGUGUCAUGUGUGGUCGUGAUACUGGCUUUGGUCGUGAACAUGUCGUUUAGGCUGGUUCUUGUGUGAAAAUCGCGUUUGUCUCAUCACGGAACGCAAUUAUUCAAGAAUGGAAAGAAGUCAGAGUGUAUAUGCCUUCAAAUUCCCCCUGUACCUUCGUAAAGUGCACUUUGAAUGUUAUGUGAGACUGGAAGUGUUUUAUAAAACGGAAAAGUAAAGUGCUAGUUUUGUGGACUUAUGGUGGAUUUAGUUUCUCACCCGACCGCACGUAGCGCUAUCAGCAUUAAUUUGUUUCCUCAAAAUAACACGGCGCUGUCGCUUCUUAACCUUUAUAUUCUACGAACUCCGUGUUGAACCAUUACGAGAGCACAGCGUCCUAAAAUUUGUCCACAAUAUUUACAAUAAUAAUAGUUUAUAUUUCCCGUUUUUCCUACUCGUCGUCCGUUUAUUAACUCCGAUAGCAUGGAGAUCGACGAGGGGGAGUCCUCCAGCAGCGGCCCCUUGUCCAGAUUCAACAGCCUCUUCUGCUUCACCAGCCCCGCGGUGAAGAAGCUGCUCGGCUGGAAGCAGGGCGACGAGGAGGAGAAGUGGGCAGAGAAGGCAGUGGACAGCCUCGUCAAGAAGCUGAAGAAGCGCAAGGGGGCCAUUGAGGAGCUCGAGCGCGCGCUUUCCUGUCCCGGGACGCAGAGCAACUGCGUGACGAUACCCCGCAGCCUCGACGGCCGCCUCCAGGUGUCCCACCGCAAAGGCCUCCCCCACGUGAUCUACUGCCGGGUCUGGCGCUGGCCCGACCUGCAGAGCCACCACGAGCUGAAACCUCUGGAGCACUGCAAGUUUCCGUUUUGGGCCAAGCAGAAGGAGGUCUGCAUCAACCCCUACCACUACAAAAGAGUGGAAAGUCAAGUUUUGCCGCCGGUCUUGGUCCCCCGACACAGCGAUUUUGUCCCAGGGCACUCGCUCCUACCAUUUCAGCAAGUGGUGGAGCCCAACAUGCCCCAGAAUAUUAGUUAUAAUUCCAAUGGAUUUAAUUCCAAUCAUUUGAGUCCGAGUUCGCCACUGUCGAGUGUGUCUAGUCCGAGGAGUGUUUCGUCGAAUAAUCCGCAGAGUCCGUAUUCGAAUUUGGCGGAGACUCCGCCCCCGGCCUAUAGCCCCACCGACGAGAAUACGAAUAAUAAUACGAGUCCGCAACCGUCGCUUAAUACAGAUGUGCAACCGGUGGCCUAUCAGGAGCAGCCCUAUUGGGCUUCUAUCGCCUACUAUGAGUUGAAUUUUCGCGUCGGGGAAGUUUUCCAUUGCCAUUCGACGUCCGUUAUUGUUGAUGGGUUCACCAAUCCCAGCAACAACAGCGACAGAUUUUGCUUAGGGCAACUAAGCAACGUAAACCGCAACUCAACCAUCGAAAACACCCGCCGUCACAUCGGCAAAGGGGUCCACCUAUACUACGUCAACGGCGAAGUUUACGCCGAAUGUCUCUCCGAUUCGCCAAUUUUCGUCCAAUCCCGCAACUGUAACCACCACCAUGGGUUUCACCCAUCCGCCGUGUGUAAAAUCCCGGCUGGUUGUUCGUUGCGUAUUUUCAACAACGCCGAAUUUGCUCAACUCCUCUCCCAAUGCGUGAAUCAUGGUUUUGAGGCCGUUUACGAACUCACAAAAAUGUGUAUGAUACGUAUGAGCUUCGUCAAGGGUUGGGGCGCGGAAUACCAUCGUCAGGACGUCACAAGCACCCCCUGCUGGAUCGAGGUGCAUCUCAACGGCCCCCUCCAGUGGCUCGACAAGGUGCUGACCCAAAUGGGGUCCCCUCACAAUGCCAUAAGUUCGGUCUCGUAAUCGGUAAUAACACGGGACGUAUGAGUGCCAUUUCAGGUUAUGCAAAUGCAACGGUGGGAAAUUACGUGUUGCCUUACGGUAAAGUGCAUUUUUCAGCAUCGACGAAUGAUUAUUUAUGUGUACAGGAAACCGAGCUGAAAACUUGUAAAUUCUGGAUGUAAUUAUAACGAAUUAUUAAUUAUAAUGUGUCUGUCUUAAUUGAUCUCUAGAUGGCUACGAUUUUAUUGGUUUGUUGGUUAUUUACAGUUUAAUUCACAGACAGCGUUUUUAAAUAUUGUUUGACUUUAUUUUAUUGUUUUGGUGGGGCCUUCUUGCAAAAAAUGACAGCAUUUUAAGUUUAGCAAGAAUGUGCCGCCCUGUAUAUUAAAAAAAAAUUAAAAACUUUCUCAAGCAUCAAUGCAGGUCGCUGAUAUACCGGGUGAUCAAGAAUGCUUGUUUCGGUUGGCAACGGUGUGACAUUUGACGCGAUAAGAUUUUUGGUUAUGUCCUUAUUGCCAACUGAAAAAUCUUUUUUCUUAAUUAUUUUUCGAGCUGGUUUCGACAAAAUUUCUACGUUUGUACUUAAUUCCUGCAGUGAUCCUCGAGGAAGAUUUGCCUUUGGCUGAACAACUGGUUCGGUGGUACAAAUACGAGUGUAAUAGAAUCAUAAAGAAUAUUUUGUGCAAUUAAUAAACUCCGUUAGCCGUAAGGAUAAAAUAAGUGUAUUUGUAAGUAAAAUAUAAAUCAAAAUAUUGUCCAUUUUACAUAAGUUAAAGAGUUAUUGUUACAUUACAAGUUUUUUAUAGUUGUGUAUUCAAUUUCUUGUUUGUUUUAUCAACGAUAAAAAGGUUGGGUGGCAGCACCAGCUGUCGAAGUGUAUAUUUUUGAGAUAUUAUCCAUAUUUACUAUACCACGAAAAGUACACCUUUUUAUAUUGUCAGUGCAAUUUUUUAUUUUCGUUUUAAAUAAAAUUGUGGAUUACU